AUGGAGUCACUCGUUGCUGGAGUUAAAUCUUCAUUGCAGACUCAACUUUCUGCAUCUACGGUAGCCAGUAACCCUCCUUCCACUUCUGGGACCCCUACAUCAUCUCGGCUGGCAUCUCCGAAACAAUGUAGAAAUGAAGUGCCUUCUAGCUCAUCCUAUUCAGCUGGUCACAAUCAUGGAGUGAAUUCAGUUCGCCUUCUGAAUGGAUCUGCAGUCAACCAUAAGCAUAUGCGUAAAGCAACCCACAAUGGUAUGCAGAAGGAGGAGUUACCCAAUAUGGCAAAGCAUUUUUACAAUUCAAAUAAGGGGAAAUCAGAAUGUGUGAGCGCAAAUGAUGUCUAUAAUAAAGCAGCAGAAACUUCUUCGCGGAAGAAGGUGCUGAUGGUUGAAACCAGAUCCUGUAUCAAGCAACCUGUUGAUGAUCCUGAGAAUGCGAGUUUUGUUAGCAUGCUGGAAUCAGAAAGUAUUGUCUCGGGCCCAUGUCAAGGAGGUAUCGAGCAGUUGAACAGCCUUUUGGCAUCUCAGCCAACAAUAAACUUGUGUCCAAGUCCUUCAAAUAGUGUCUGUACUGCAACUCUAUAUGCCGAAGCCAAACAGAGUUUCACUAACACAGAGGUAAGCGAAUGUGAGAGUGGCAUCGAAAAGUCUGGUGAAAGUGGUGAAGCUAGUUACUCUUGUGAUAUCGACAGCAGGAAAACGAGCAUCUAUAGAGGAAGCACUGGUAGUGACCUUAGCGAUGAAAGCAGCUCUAGCAGUUUAAGCAGUGCCAUGUACAAGCCUCAUAAAGUGAAUGAUAUAAGAUGGGAAGCGAUUCAGGCUGCCAGAACUCAUGUGGGUGUGCUGGAAUUAAAGCACUUCAGAUUGUUGACGAGUUUGGGAUGUGGAGAUAUUGGGAGUGUUUAUCUGUCAGAGUUGACAGGCACUAGAACUUAUUUUGCAAUGAAAGUUAUGGAUAAGGCGGCCCUGGCAAGUAGAAAGAAGGUACUUAGGGCCCAAACCGAAAGAGAGAUAUUGCAAUCCCUGGAUCAUCCAUUCCUGCCAACUUUGUAUUCACACUUUGAGACAGAGAAGUCAUCUUGCCUAGUGAUGGAAUACUGUCCUGGGGGGGACUUACAUGCACUCAGGCAAAGACAGUACGGGAAGUAUUUUCCAGAGCAUGCUGCACGGUUUUAUGUAGCUGAAGUUCUCCUUGCUUUGGAGUAUUUGCAUAUGCUUGGGAUCAUCUACAGAGACUUGAAGCCCGAGAACGUUUUGGUGAGGGAAGAUGGGCACAUAAUGCUUUCAGAUUUUGACCUAUCUCUAAGAUGUGCUGUCUGCCCCACUCUAGUCAAAUCAUCAAACUCAAGCUUGGAGCCAAAAAAAUCGGGAUACUGUGUGCAGCCUGCUUGUGUUGAACCUAGUUGCAUAAUACAGCCGGAUUGCAUUCAACCAUCAUGUUUUGUCCCACGCUUCUUAUCUGGCAAGCCUAAGAAAGGGAAAAAGAACAAACCAAAGAAUGAGAUCUACCAUCAAGUGAGCCCUCUUCCCGAGCUCAUUGCCGAACCUACUAAUGCCAGAUCAAUGUCCUUUGUGGGUACACACGAGUACUUAGCACCUGAAAUCAUUAAAGGUGAAGGUCAUGGAAGUGCUGUAGAUUGGUGGACGUUUGGGAUCUUUCUCUAUGAGCUCUUGUUCGGUAAAACUCCUUUCAAAGGAGGAGGAAACCGCGCUACUCUCUUUAACGUGGUUGGUCAGUCUCUGAACUUUCCAGAACAUCCAACUGUGAGCUUUGCUGCUCGGGACUUGAUAAGAGGUUUACUUGUGAAAGAACCACAACAUCGGCUAGCUUAUAGACGUGGAGCUACUGAAGUGAAACAGCACCCAUUCUUUCAGAAUGUGAACUGGGCACUCAUUCGCUGUACAAAUCCGCCGGAGGUACCAAAACCGGUUGUGUUGGAUUUCUCUCCAAAACCCGACACACCAAAAGCACCCGCAACUAACGAGGUGCCAGGAAUAGAUGUCAAACCCUCAGGUAAUUAUUUAGAGAUUGAUUUCUUUUAGUACUUGUGAUUGUUUUUCUUUUUCUUUCGAACCCGACUUGUCAUGUAAUGUGCAAGGGGAUGUAAAUUUGUUGUACCUUUGAUAAGCACAUGUAACUGCUCCUGAAAAGUGAAAACAAAGGCAUCAUUAGUAGCGCCAAGGAAUUCAAGCGCACUGAAAUGAGAAAUGAAGUUCUCCUUUAAAAAAAGUCAUCAUUCUGUAAAUCCUGUCACCACGGUUGGAAUUCCUGGAAACUCAUAUAGUUCUUAAUAUUGAGAUACAUACUUGUAUUACAUGCAUGAUUAUGAACGUUUAUAGUAAAAAGUGAUUGAUCUUGAUGUUGACUGCGAAUGCAACAAAGAAGGCAAGCAUGCUGAGCUUGGAAUAAUAUUUGUCGACAUUUUUGGA